CUGACCUCGACAAGCCGACUAACCCAACAGACGACCCCAAAGGUACGCUUUCCACCACCGAAUUCGACGAUAUACCAGAGUCAGCCAGAAUUGCGACAUCGAGACCACUCUGCGAACACACUUCCCAACCUGCACACCGCUCAGCAACGUACCGGCGCACGCGAUACCAGCAAUCAUUACAGCUUCAUACGUUUCAGCGGGGUAGACAAGGAGGGGAGCAUGUUUGCAUUGGUGGUCUCCAGGCAAUCUCUGCGGCACUGAAAUACUCAAUAUUGGAAGAAUAGAGGCUAACAGAUUGUGAACAGCAGUCUUCUGUAAUCUGCAAACAUGGGUAUCUCUCGCGACUCUCGCCACAAGCGCUCCGCUUCCGGUGCGAAGCGCGCAUACUACCGCAAGAAGAGGGCUUUCGAGAAGGGCCGCCAGCCUGCCAACACCCGUAUUGGCGCUAAGCGUGUCCACCUCGUCCGCACCCGUGGCGGCAACCGCAAGUUCCGCGCCCUCCGUCUCGAUGCCGGUAACUUCUCCUGGGGUUCCGAGGGUAUCGCCAAGAAGACUCGUGUCAUCGGUGUCGUCUACCACCCCUCCAACAACGAGCUCGUCCGCACCAACACCCUGACCCGCUCCGCCGUUGUUCAGAUCGAUGCUGCUCCCUUCAGGCAGUGGUACGAGGCCCACUACGGCCAGUCCCUGGGCCGCAGAAGGCAGGCCAAGUCUGGCGAGAAGGCCGAGGACAUCAAGAAGUCCAACUCCGUCUCCAAGAAGCAGGCUGAGCGUCUCUCCGGCUCCGGCAAGGUCGACUCCGCCGUCGAGAAGCAGUUCGAGGCUGGUCGUCUGUACGCUGUCGUCUCUUCCCGCCCCGGUCAGUCCGGCCGCUGCGACGGUUACGUCCUCGAGGGUGAGGAGCUCGCUUUCUACCAGCGUCUCCUCAGGAAGUAA